UUCAAAGCAGCGAUCCUGGGUAGAUUUAGCAAUAGCGAGCCGCAGCGACUUAUUCAGUCGUUUUCGGAUGCUGUGAAAGUGAUGUUAAGCCGAGAUCGUGCUGUACUUGAAAUUCUGGAAAUUGAUCUUCAGGAUCAGAUUCUGGCACUACUGGACGUUAUGACGAUGUCGCAUAUUGCUCAAAGCGACAUACGUCCCGUUUGCUCGAUUUUUGUCGAAAUUCUGCGUUGGCUGUACACUGAAGCAGAAAUGCAGUCGUCUUCUGAAAAACUGAUCAUUUGCGUUCGAAAUCAGUUCGUUGAAUAUUUUAGUGCGAGGGGUCACCGUAAAAAUACUCAAUCGCUUUCAUGUCUUUUGGCCUUUAUGCUGGCUGAGCAAAACGGAAACGUUUAUCAGUUGGGACUUGACUGCUGCAGGGAAUGCUGGAACAUGCUGAUGAUUCACAAGAACGCAACGUUCGUGCCUAUACUCUGUGCUGCCAUAAGUGAUCGGUUUAGCGCUGGCCUGAUACGUCAUGUAACUCAGUUCGAUAAUACUGACGUGAACGUUGUGAAAUGGUUUCUGUGCAGUCUGACUGCAGUUGUUCUUGAUUGGGAUUCAGCACUUGUGAAUUACGUUGACAUAGAGAGCUCCGUACGUCUCAUUUUUCAAGCGUUAUAUUUGAUCCCUCUUGAACAACAGCGAGAAGUGCUACAUUCGUUGCAGGAGGUGCGAACUGUUGAUGUGCAACAGUUAGUUUUGCGACAGCUGUGCACAUUUGCCCAACAGAAAACCGGUGACGUUUGGGACGAUUUCGUAGAGCAAUUCGUCAAGUACUUCCGCAACCGUUGUCGCUUUGAAGGAAACAUCGUUACCAGUUUCUUGUGGUGUUUCUCCGGCGAGUCAGGGGUUCCACAGGAUGUGCAGAGCCGCAUAAUGAUCGAGCUGUUCAACACCUUCACCAGAGCUGUGAUCGAGUUUCGACGCGGACCAGAACGACGGGAUCACGAUGACUGGUUUUUCGAGCUUAAAGCUAUCUCCCAGUUUCUAGAGCAGAUUGGGCCGCAGAUGCAUAAGUUGUUCAUAAUGGACCAAGGCUCAAAACCGCAGCAACUUCAUGCCGUUAUUGUUGUGGUCGCUUGGGCCAUUUUUUCCAGUUUCCUUCCACUUAUCAGCUUCUACUACGACAUGCGCAUUACAAUUGCCCAUGAGUAUGACUUCCAGCAACAAAUCGGUUCGUUGGCCGAGGUGUUUCUUCGAAAUCAGUUUUCUGAAUUGGGGCAAUUGUCUCUGCGACAAAUAGCCAUCAAGCAAGUUUUCGAAACUAUUAUUGAAGAAGUUGUCAAAUGCGCAAACCCUAAAAAGUGCAUAGUUUUGGCAGACGCUGCAUAUUCGCUUCUGCGUUUGGGUUCUGUCAACGAAAGUAGUGGAAACGGAUCGUCGACUGACUUUUCUGUGGCAAAUGUCGCGUGGGAUACUUUUAUUUCGUUGUUGCCAACAGAAGAUGUUUGGACGCAAAAGCUGCAGUUGUUCAAUCAGGAGUUUAUGUUGGAGACACUUUCAGCCGUUGAUGAUGCUUUGCCUGUCAUCGGCUGCAAUACGAUACUUCCCGCCCACAAAGACUAUUCAAUGAUUUAUGGGUCAUCAGUUUUUGCUAUUUCGGUAUAUUUUUUGGCCCUCAUUGACAGAAUUUUGAAAAACGUUUCGGAUCAUAUGGAAACUUUGAAUUAUCAUCAGACUGAAACUUUCCUUCAUCAUUUCGCCAAGUCAUAUCCUGUAGUCAAAGAUAAUCUUUCUGCUGUGUUUUGCACUACCAGUCUUUUUAUCAUGGCCAGCCGUGUUGUUAUUCAAUUGUACGUUUCUCCUGAUAUGAGGUAUGCGAUCAAUCAUUUUCAAGACAGUUGGCGAAACGUUGUUCCGUACUUUAAUUCUGAACUAAUCGACUAUCUUUUGCGAACGUUGCUGAUGAGGAUCAAAGUGGGGGAUACCGUUGCGAUGUUUGGUGUUAGUUUGUUAGCCAAGCUGCGUGCAUCCUCUUCCGGUUCAGAAUUGACACCUUUUGACAUGGCUAGCGAUGAACUGGUAGAUGUUUCGUCGCUGAACCUUCGCUGGACGCUGAGAUCAACUCCUUUGUUGCGGAAACUGGUUUCGAAUUGUUUCGUCCUUUUGGACAAUGGCGACUACUUUAUUUGUAGCCGCAUUAUCGCAUUUCGCAUUUUGGAAAAAACGAUGCCGUAUGUUACCGAUGAUGGAGAGAAUGUUGACGUUUCUGGCUCUGAAGAGUUUGGUUCGGAACGUCCACCUCCCGAAAAUUUUCGCAAGCUUCUUGAGCUUCACAACGCCGCUGCAUUUCCGGAAGAUGAGGACAUAUCUGAUCGUAUAGCUCACGAGACUGGCUACAUCGAUAGCAUAUUUGCUUAUCUGUUCGUCUGGAAACUUAUUAUUGAAUACCUGUCUUGUGUUAGUGAGGAAGUUCGAGCGCGCUUAAUCGAACACAUGCAAAACACGCAUUUGGUAGCUAAAUUCUUGUGUUUCGUUCUGCGGAUUCUUCCCGAGGACCUUUCGUUUGGUGAAGCGCCAAACGGCAGCCCGUUCAACGAAGCAAUCGAUUGUUUAUGUUUCGACACUCAACAGGAAGUUCAACUAAAUUUGCACGACGCGUAUUCUCGUUCUCCUCCGUUCGAUCUGAGGCGCCGCCCCAACUUCAAGGAACUGAUUCAUCAGGCGUUUCUGGACUUCUUCCGAUCGUUUCAAGUAGUUCCGGCUGCCGUACGACAGUGGUGGGUAGAUAAAAACAAGGCCAAAAGCGCGAAAUUCAAAAGGUUUUUACUGCCCUACCUUUUUGCAUGUCUGUCUUGUUUGUCGGCAGUUUCGCGCAGCAGUUUCUAG